AUGGAAGAUCAUUUGGCGGAUUUCGGAGCUCUUGUUAAAAUGCUUAUAACUCCAGAACAAAACGACAUGAUUGAGCAUCAAGUUGCUGAUUAUAAAACAAAAUUAGAUGAAUUACAUCGUGCUAAAGCUUCAACUGUAGAUAAACUAGAAAAACAAUGUGUUAAUACAAGUGUUCCUGGAGAUGGUCUUUUACUUUCAAAUGUAUCAAAUUAUGUUGAACAUUUAUUUAUAUGGCGUAUUUUAUGUCAAUUAAUGAAUGAAGAAGAUGAUGAUACAAAUAUUCAUCCUGAUUUUCAUGAAUUUAUUUCAUAUUUUUAUCGUUUAAUUAAAUUAUCUGUUAAUAAAAAAUUAUCUUCAAUAGAAGAAUUUAUUAUUUGUCAAUAUGCAUCAAUUCUUUCAACGUUUGAUAUGCUUGAUAUAUAUCGUCGUAAAUGUAUUGAAGCUAUAGGUCGUUGUAUACUUGUACAUUUUGGACAAUAUGAAACAAUAAUUGAACAAGCAUUUCAACUUGUUCAUCGUAUUCAUCCAUCAAUAGAUAUAAUUAAUGAACGAUAUCAAUUAAUAACAUAUACAUUAAAUGGUAUUAUUCAACGUUGUCAAAAUGAACAAUUUGAAGAAUUAACAUUUAUACAAUGUAUGACUAUAGCUAAAGUAUUUGUUGAACAAGAAAAACAACUUGAAUUAAAUAAUACAGAUUUAAAACAAUUAUUUGAUUCAUUAAUAAAUCGGGAUAAAAUCGAAAAUAUCUCUUUAAAAUGUCAAUCAAUAUCAACUUUUAUUGAUGUUCUUCUUGUUCAUGGUCCUGAUAUUUUAACAAAUAUAAAUUUAUUAAAUUUAACAUCUUCUCAAUUUACAACACAAUAUUUUUUAAAUCUUUUCGAUCAACAAAAUAUUGAAAUAAAAACUACUAUUGUAUUUGGUCUUAUUAAAUUAUUUCUUAGUUCUCGUCUUGAACCAAAUAUUGCUUUACUUGAAAUUAUACUUGAUUAUCGUUUUUCAAAUGGUUAUCGAUCUAUUAAUCAAUAUCAACGAGAUGAUAUAACUUCUUUCUUCUAUUCAAAUGUUUUACUUACUGAAGAAUUAACAUUUGAUCUUGUUUCUCGUUAUCUACCUUUUGUAUCGGAUAAUAGUACAAUAGCUUAUAAAUCAAUCUUAAUUGAAUCAAUGUGUUAUUUUUGUAUUGAGUUACUUUCUUUACCAACUUUACCAAUUGAUAAAUCAAAUGAAGAACAUUCUCAUUAUCAUCUUGCAAUAAAUCUUCUUGAAUCAAUUCAUAAUUCAACUAAUAAUCAUACAUCAUUUAUUAUAAAAUCUUAUUUAAAUACAAUAAAACAUCUUCAAUUUCAAUAUAUGAAAAAAGAACAAUUACAAAUUAUUCUAGAUUCAAUUAUUCGACUUCGACAAUAUCCAAAUUUACCAUUAAUUAUAUCAAAUUCUAUAAAAAAUAUUGAAGAACAAAUACAAUC